GCGGGGAGGAAGGAGGGGCGGGAGCGCAGCGGAGCGGGCAGCGCCGGUCGUUCCGUGCCCGUGCGUGCGUGAGUGAGUGUGUGUGUGAGAGAGAGAGGGAGCGGGCGUGUGCGUGCGUGGCGAGCCGGCCGUAUAUAGAGGAUGUGCCGCUGCACGGUUCGCUCCGGCUGCUGCCGCGCCAGGUCCUUCCGCGGGCGCCACUGAAGCCUCUCGCACGGGCAGCGCCUCGCUGCCCGUUCCAGGCGCGCCGAGCGCGGCUGCCGGCCUCGCUUCCCGGUGCGGUUUCCGGCGCCCCGGCGUCCCUCCUGAGGCGGCCGCCUCCCGCGGCUUCUCCGCUCCGGGGGGGGAGCGCGUCAAUGCGGUGCAAAUGGCCGGGGCACAGCCAGGGGUGCACGCUCUCCAGCUCAAGCCCGUCUGCGUGUCCGACACCCUCAAGAAGGGCAUCAAAUUCGUCAAGUGGGACGAUGACUCCACUGUUGUGACUCCAAUUAUCCUCAGAACAGAUCCGCAGGGAUUUUUCUUUUACUGGACAGAUCAAAAUAAGGAGACCGAGCUGCUCGAUAUCAGCCUUGUCAAAGAUGCCAGAUGUGGAAAACACGCCAGAGCUCCCAAGGAUCCCAAACUGCGCGAGCUGUUGGAUGCUGGGAAUGCAGGAGGUCGCCUGGAGAAUCGAAUGAUAACUGUUGUCUAUGGCCCAGACCUGGUCAAUAUCUCGUACUUGAACUUGGUGGCAUUCCAGGAGGAUAUAGCAAAGGAAUGGUCUGAUGAAGUGUUCAGUUUGGCAACAAAUCUGUUGGCACAGAACAUGUCAAGGGAUGCGUUUCUGGAAAAAGCUUACACAAAACUUAAGCUGCAGGUGACUCCAGAAGGGCGCAUACCUCUGAAGAACAUAUACCGCUUGUUUUCCGCUGACAGAAAACGGGUCGAGACCGCAUUAGAAGCUUGUAAUCUUCCGUCUUCCAGGAAUGAUUCGAUCCCUCAAGACGACUUCACACCAGACGUGUACAGGGUGUUCUUGAACAACCUCUGCCCUCGGCCUGAGAUCGACCACAUCUUUUCGGAGUUUGGUGCCAAGAGCAAACCAUACCUUACUGUUGAUCAAAUGAUGGAGUUUAUCAAUCUUAAGCAACGUGAUCCACGAUUAAAUGAAAUCCUCUAUCCACCAUUAAAACAAGAACAAGUUCAACAGCUGAUUGAGAAGUACGAACCCAACAGUAAUCUGGCAAAGAAAGGACAGAUAUCAGUGGAUGGAUUUAUGCGAUACCUGAGUGGAGAAGAAAACGGCGUUGUUCCACCUGAGAAACUGGAUUUAAAUGAAGAUAUGUCUCAACCACUGUCACACUAUUUCAUCAAUUCCUCACACAACACCUACCUCACAGCUGGACAGCUGGCCGGGAACUCGUCGGUGGAGAUGUAUCGGCAAGUGCUUUUGUCAGGCUGCCGCUGUGUGGAGCUGGACUGCUGGAAAGGACGAACAGCUGAGGAAGAGCCGGUCAUUACACACGGAUUCACUAUGACAACUGAGAUAUCCUUCAAGGAAGUAAUAGAAGCUAUUGCUGAAUGUGCAUUUAAGACAUCGCCCUUUCCAAUCCUCCUUUCCUUUGAAAAUCACGUGGAUUCCCCUAAACAACAGGCCAAAAUGGCAGAGUACUGCAGAUUAAUAUUUGGAGAUGCAUUGCUUAUGGAUCCACUGGAAAAAUACCCGCUUGAAUCUGGGGUUCCUCUUCCAAGUCCAAUGGAUUUAAUGUACAAAAUUCUGGUGAAGAAUAAAAAGAAGUCACACAAGUCUGCAGAUGGAAGUGCAAAAAAGAAGCUCUCGGAGCAAGCUUCCAACACAUGCAGUGAUACAUCCAGUAUGUUUGAACCUUCCUCCCCUGGAGCAGGUGAAGCAGAUAUUGAGAGCGAUGAUGAUGAUGACUAUGAUGAUGAUUGUAAAAAGUCGUCGAUGGAUGAAGGUACUGCUGGAAGCGAGGCUAUGGCCACUGAAGAGAUGUCUAACCUGGUGAACUACAUUCAGCCUGUGAAGUUUGAGUCAUUUGAAGUAUCAAAAAAACGCAACAAAAGCUUUGAAAUGUCUUCCUUUGUGGAAACGAAAGGGCUCGAGCAACUGACGAAGUCUCCUGUGGAAUUUGUGGAAUAUAACAAAAUGCAGCUAAGCCGAAUUUACCCAAAGGGAACACGUGUAGAUUCUUCCAACUACAUGCCACAAGUCUUCUGGAACGCUGGCUGCCAAAUGGUUGCUCUUAACUUCCAAACUGUAGAUUUGUCUAUGCAAAUAAACAUGGGAAUGUAUGAGUACAAUGGCAAAAGUGGCUACAGGUUAAAGCCAGAAUUCAUGAGAAGACCAGACAAACACUUUGAUCCAUUUACUGAAAGUAUAGUGGAUGGAAUAGUAGCUAACACCUUGUCUGUCAAGAUCAUUUCAGGUCAGUUUCUUUCUGAUAAAAAAGUGGGUACCUAUGUAGAAGUGGAUAUGUUUGGCCUACCUGUUGAUACAAGAAGAAAAGCAUUGAAGACCAAGACCUCUCAAGGCAAUGCAGUUAAUCCUGUUUGGGAAGAAGAAACCAUAGUGUUUAAGAAGGUCGUUUUGCCUUCCCUGGCAUGUUUGAGGCUAGCAGUGUAUGAAGAAGGAGGGAAAUUCAUCGGUCAUCGGAUACUACCAGUCUCAGCAAUUCGACCAGGCUAUCACUACAUCUGUUUGAGGAACGAGAGGAACCAACCUUUGACACUGCCAGCUCUCUUUGUGUACAUAGAGGUCAAGGACUACGUACCUGAUACUUAUGCAGAUGUGAUCGAGGCCUUAUCCAAUCCAAUCAGAUAUGUGAACUUGAUGGAGCAGAGAGCUAAGCAAUUGGCUGCACUGACUCUGGAAGAUGAAGAAGAAGUAAAGAAAGAGAUUGACCAUGGAGAUGCACCAUCGGAAGCUAACAGUGAACCUAGGCCAACACCAGCAGAAAAUGGAGUCAAUUGCACUGCCUCUCUUACACCGAAACCAGCAACUCAGGUUGUCCAUAGCCAACCAGCACCAGGUUCGGUGAAAGCACCUGCAAAGACAGAAGAUCUUAUUCAGAGUGUCCUCACAGAAGUGGAAGCACAGACCAUCGAGGAGCUAAAACAACAGAAGUCUUUUGUUAAGCUUCAGAAGAAGCACUACAAGGAAAUGAAGGACCUUGUGAAGCGGCAUCACAAGAAAACCACCGACCUUAUCAAAGAGCACACUGCAAAGUACAAUGAAAUCCAAAAUGACUACCUGCGACGGAGAUCCGUUCUAGAAAAGACAGCAAAAAGAGACAGUAAGAAAAAAUCUGAAACAGGCAGCCCAGACCACAGUUCUUCAACUAUUGAACAGGAAUUAGCUGCACUUGACUCCGAAAUGACCCAGAAGCUAGUUGAGCUGAAGGAGAAGCAACAACAGCAGCUGCUGAAUCUCCGACAGGAGCAAUAUUACAGUGAGAAGUACCAGAAACGAGAGCACAUUAAGCUGCUUAUUCAGAAGUUGACAGAUGUAGCAGAGGAGUGUCAGAACAGCCAGCUAAAGAAACUGAAAGAAACAUGUGAAAAAGAAAAGAAAGAAUUGAAGAAAAAAAUGGACAAGAAGAGGCAGGAGAAGAUCACAGAAGCAAAGUCCAAGGACAAAAAUCAGAUGGAAGAGGAGAAGACUGAAAUGAUUCGAUCCUAUAUCCAGGAGGUGGUGCAGUACAUAAAACGGCUAGAAGAUGCUCAGAGUAAAAGACAGGAGAAACUUGUAGAAAAACACAAGGAGAUCCGUCAGCAAAUACUGGAUGAAAAGCCUAAGUUGCAGGUGGAACUUGAUCAGGAAUACCAAGACAAAUUCAAAAGACUGCCUUUGGAAAUUCUGGAGUUUGUACAGGAAGCCAUGAAAGGGAAAAUCAGUGACGAUGGAGACCACAGUUCUGCCCCCUCUUCCCUGGCAUCCGACAGUGGAAAAUCAAAUCAUAAACCUCUGCAAAGUGAAGAGGAAUUGGAAGAAGAUAACCCAGAAAAGGCGUUUGAUACUACUUUUUAACUGCCCAGGAAACAAUCAGUGCACCGAGGCGCGCCGCUGCCCAGCUCUGUGACCCCGAUGUGAGCUCCCGCUGCAGCAUCUGGGGGGGCAGGAGGAAUCUGCAUUCAAGCGCACAUUUCCCACAAGGAGUAUUUUAUAUCAAGUAUUGUGCAAAGGUCUUCAUUCUCAUUCUUCACCUUAUUAUUAUUCUAAAGCUUAGUGCAGUUGUAAUGGGAAAAUUAAUAUGUUAACCAUCCUCUCUUCUUUUUUCUCCUUUUUUUUUGGUCAAUUUACAAUGGGUAAUUUUGUGGCCAUGUUCACUGCUAAGAAUGUUUAAUGAAGACCAGUGUAUUGUACAGAGACAAAUGUGUGCAGAUUUCUUUUGGAAGUGCCAAUGCAAAGUGCUCCAAACUAAUACAGAUCCUAGAGAAUAUUGUUACAGUACUUAAUCAUAUUUGUUUCCUUCUUUCUAACUGCACCUUGACAGCUGUACCAUCAUUUUACAUUUGCACUGAAACAUUUAAUCCUUUUUAGCUUUGCAAGCACUGGUGGCUUGCUGUCUUGAGAUGAUGUUUAUCACAUGGAAAGAAAUCUAUUUGCUGCUGAAAAUUCUUGGAACUGUGGGGACGAGAGGAAAACAAGGAGAAGAACUCUGCCUGGGGAUUGCUGGUGUCUGUGUACAUCUGUGCAUCUGUGUUCCUUAGACUGUGUGAGUGCAUAUAUGUUUGUGUGUAUAUAUAUAUAGCUAUAUGUGCACACAUAUCAGUCAGUACACACGCAGCAUGUUUCUAUUUUGAAGUAAGCGUGGUCUUUUGGCCAAAGGAAAUGCUUCAGGGAUACGUGGGUAGAGAGAAUCUUUCUGAAAGCUAACAUCUGGGAUAUACUGCUAGAAAAUAGUCACUGAAUCAUGAAAUUCUUUUUUUUUGUGGUGUUAGUGUUGUAAAUCAAAGUAGUUUUAGAAUAUAAAUUUGAUAUAUAUUUUGCAGACUCAGAAGUAUUGAUUUUAAGUAUCAUAUUUUAAGCUUACUGAAUUUGAUAGGAUUAUAAAAUGUUUAGGACUACAGUAUUUGAAAUUUAACAGAAUCUUCCAUUAUUUUUAAGACUGAGGUUCAGUUUUACGAAGGUCUGAAAUUUAAAAGCAAACUAUAAAAAACCUGAUCACUGUUAUUUAAAAAUGUAUAUUAAUCCAUUUAACUGACUACUUAAAGUAAGAACAAUCAAAGUUAGUGUACUGUAUGAUAUGCAUGAGAGAAGUAACAGCACAUUUUGAGACAUUUCUAUCAGACGACAGAGGCACUUUGUGCGAGUCAAGAGAUUUGAAAAGGUGACGAAAUUCUCUGCAUUCCCAGACUAACAGAAAUAGGAAUUGGGAAACAUUAGGGACAGAUUCUUAUCUGUACCCAAGCCAAUGCAUGAUGGUAAAGGCCUUUCUUUCCCUCAGUUGUUGCAAGGAGGCGUUUUAGGGCAAAGGAUAAACUAGGUCCAAAGAUGCAGAUCUGCAUUGAGGGGCUUGAUCCUGCAAACUGGGCUCAGCACAGCUCAUGUGGGGAGUGACAGUCACAUUAAUGUUUGCAAGAUCAGGAAAGCCCUUGGAUAAAGCAGUCUGUGACAUAGGGAGGCAUUUUAAUACAUCGUAACAGUUAAGUUACUUUACUUCCAUUCCCUCAGGAUUUUAGUACUUUAAAGUAACUUAUUUUAUUUAAAUUUAAGCAAUAAAAUACAAAUCAAGCUUAAGUUUCCAGUUAAAUAAUGGUGUGUGUAUAUAUAUAAGUUCAAAUCUUGGAAAACAAACAGUAUUUUGAUGUUUCUUUUUUAAACUUAAAGAGUAGAAAGAAAGAAAAAUUGCACAUUGUUUGGAGGUCGUAUUUUGGAUGAAACUAUUCUGGUUUACAAUGAGGAGAUUAGUGAACAUGAAAUUCAACAAUCUGACUUUCAUCUUAAUGCUAGGAAAGGUGAAUCCUCUGUUAACUCCUUGUUUUGCACUUUGAACUCAAUCACUCAUUGAAAAGGUAGAGAGUCGAGAUGUAAUGCUGCAUUUUAUAAAGUCAAAAGGACAUAUUGUCUCAGCUAUUAGAAGAAUGAACUGAUAGCAGUGUUCACAGUACAACUGAGGACUAUUGCAUUACAGAAACCGUUGUACAGCGCAGGCUUCCCGGUCAAAUCUUAGCUCCUUUGAAUUGCAGCGGAGCCAGGACUUCACCACAGUCUUCAAACUCGGGCAAAUCCCACUUACCCUUUUAUUUAUAUUUCAGAGUACAUAAAUAUACCGGUUGGAUGAAUUAUACUCUCAGCUGUAGUCAUUUUACAGUACGUUUGUAUUUGACCAUUUCCUGUACUCACGUUUUUUUAUAUCUGUACAGUGCCACUUUCUGCGGGUGUAAGGUAGUGUGUAACGCUGUACAUCUUGCAUUGUUCAAUCUAUUUCAGUGAAACUGAUAUCAUUUAAUAUUGAUAUUACUUGAACUAGAGUAAGAUAAUGAAAACAAAAAAAAAAGGGGUCUUUAUGAUGUGCAAGUCUUGUGCCUUUUAUGUAUUUUGCCUUGUUCCGUGUUGAAUGUGUGGAAAUGCUGUAUCGUGGACUUUCUGCUGUAUAGAAUAGAGCUGUCUAUAUUAAACUAGGUUGUGCACUUCAGAUAUCUUUACACUACUGAAAAUAGCUUGGUUUUGGCAGUAUCAACUGAAUUUUAAAAGUCCUACUGAAGGCCAGACGUUUUAGAUUUAACAUGUUCAUAAUUAUGUUCAUUAAUGCUCAUGUAUUAGCUAAACAGUCACUGAAAGAUAACUAAAGGGACAUCACUGCUUGCCUUUCUUUGAAAUCAGUGUUGCUCUUGUACAUUGUAUUACUAGUGUCUGUGAUUGAUUAGGCCUUGAUGAUUUGCUUUCCAAGUAGGAUGAAGUAUUUCAGUUAACAUGUACAUAUUUUUUCGGUUCCUCAAUCUAUGGAUUGUUUCAGAGGCAUAAUUCACAUUUUUGUAAAAAUUCUAUGCAAUUUUGUGGCAUGAUGUUUCUUCCACUUGUAAUUUUAUGUGCUUACAUUACAGAUCCAAAGGACAAAUAAAAUUUCUUAACACAAGA